AUGGAAAGUAAAGAAGAUGGUUUAAGCUUUUGGCGAACAAUUUUGGGGCCUCCGAAACCACAAAUGCCCGAAAUAAAGCGUGAAGAAGUCAGAGAGUAUCCUAAAGUUAAUGUAGAGAAAUAUAUUACAUCUUCUAUAAAUUUUAUUCCAAUUAAUAAGCGUGAUAAAGAACUUUUACGAGCUCCAUUUACUGUAGCUGUAACUCCAAUUAUCAGUGAUCCAGAGAAUAUCCCUAAAAUGGAAUACAGUUUCGAAGAAGCUCCAAAAUGUGGAAAUUGCGGAACAAUUUGUAACGCCAAAACAAUUAUUUUUAACGACAGUACAAAAUACUUGUGUGGUACAUGCAAAGCAGCUAAUGAAAUUCCUAUUGCAAUGGACGAAAAAUUCAAAUCAAAUCAAUUUCACGUAAAUAUGGUUGAAUACCCAUAUACAGAUCAAGCACUUGUCAAUGCACCCAUAAAGAACAUUUUUGUACUAGAAAAGUCAGAAUUAACAGUAAAUCACGGUCUAUUUUCAAAAACAAUCGAAAAACUCAUCAAUCGCAUCAAAACAUUAAAAUCCGGAUACUUCUCAUUCAUUAUAUUAACGAACACUCUUACAGUUCCAAAAAUUAGCGAAGAUAGGACCAAAUUUGCUUAUUCAAGUUAUCCAGACUGUUUUGAGAUGCAAUGUCCCUCAGCAGACAGCAUAUUCUUUGAUUUAUCGACCGAACAAGACUUACUCAUACAAUAUAUUACUUCUAUUUCAGAACUUUCUCAAGGAACAAUAUCAUCAAGUCUUUUUGAGCUUAUUGACUCAAUUGGAUCAUCAUAUGCAGGACAGAAUGUCAUGACAACCAUCUGUACGUCAACAAUUCCCACAGGAACAAUGGAAGAAGCCAAAGAACUCGGACAUAAAUUACUUUUAUCGUUAUCUCAUUUUGACUUGUUUAUUAUGAACCCUUCCAUUGAUACACAACCAGAUUACGCAUCUGUAGGUGAAUUGUCGAUGCUCAACAAUAGCCAUAUCAACAUUUUUAAUCCAGUUCAAGUUGAAUCAGCAUCUGAUGACAUUAUUUACAGAAUUUUCUGCCAGAAAUGUCCCGCAGCACUUGUCUCGUCCACACAUCCACCUUUCCUGGCAAUAAAGGACAUAAAAGGCUGCGGUAUGAUGAGAACUCAAAAUUCUUUUAUUAUGACAGCGGCAGAGCCAGGUGACACUUUUUUCUUUUUUUACGAUUAUAUUGUUGACCAGGUUGAAUUCACUAAUCCAUCCAUAUUAUACCAGAUGAGGUUAACACAUGAUGAUGGAUCUACAUCUAUCACGGUGGCCACAUAUUCCUUCUCUUUGGUGAAUAAUAACAAAUCUGUCAUGGAUCAUGCAAAUAUUGACCUUAUUUUGCAAUCUUAUAUCAUCCAGGCAAUUGAAGAUGGCCGUGAGAAGGCAGAUGAGCUUGUAAUGCUCUCGUCUUUGGAUAAAAUUCGAGAUGAUUUUCUGAAUCAGCCAUUUCUUCAGUUGAUGUUGACUGCGUCUGGCAAUAACAACUUCAGAUAUGCUUGUGUGUGCUUCGGAACAGCUUCGAAAUUGUUGAAUUUCAUAAGAGCUUCUGAUAUUAUGUCGAAAAUGCCACGGGAAUUCGGUUGGUAUUGCAUGCCACGCUUCUAUUGGCUACAAAGAAACACAACAGAAGUUCCGAACUUGUUAACUUUGAACGGUUUCAAUAGAUUUGUUUCUGGAGCGAUGUUUAUUAAGUAUGAUAGUAGACAUUCGCUUAUAAUUCUUGCUGAGAAUGAAGACAUGAAUGAGUGGAUCGAUUUAUUAAACAAAUCUCCGCUAAAAGAAGUAAUUCAACAAAUUUCUACUACUCCAUCUGUUGAAUUGAUCCAUCCGAAGGUAAAUGCAACACAUAAGACAUAUAUUACCAUUAAUAAGUGUAUGACAGCUCCGCUUCCUGCAACCAAAAAGGAUUGA